AUGGGAAUAACCUGUCAGAGGGAAGGUUUCCACAGAGGAAAUAAUAGUAUGACCGUGAAGUUUUCUUUCCCUUGCCCUAUAUGUUUCUCCUCUGCAUCAGAUAUCAUGGCUACCAGCAAGAACAACACUGGUGGACAAACCACCCAGAAUUUCCCUGUAUUUUCCUACAAAGAAUUGAAAGCUGCCACCAAUGGAUUCCACUCAUCCAACAAGAUUGGAGAGGGAGGAUUCGGGACUGUUUACAAGGGCCGGCUUGGAGACGGAACUUUUGUGGCAGUCAAAGUGCUAUUGUUUGAGCUUGAAUCAUUGAGGUGAGAGAGAGAAUUUGUAGCUGAAAUAGCUUCACUGUCAGACAUCAAACAUGAAAAUCUUACGACUUGCAACUUAGACCAUAUCUAAG